UUGAUCUAAAACCUCCGGAUUUUAUCUUCACCUCCAGAAAUGUUCUUAUUUGAAGAAAGUCUUUAUUCUUUUCUCGUCGACAUCGAUUUCUACUCCAGGAUCAUGUCUUGUAUUAAGCGCAAGUCAAGCAAAUCCUAAUCUCCUCUCUGGGGUGAAAUAGUUAACAUUUUUUUUUUCCAAAGUCAAACAAAAGCCUUGGUGAAUGAGAAAGGCGUGGAUCUCCAGUGAAGCCAAACCCCUGCUCAGGGCGGGUGAGGUGGUCACACUCAGCAGAGCCCAGCUUCUUGUUGUUGCAGCAGAGCCGGCUGGUUGGAAAAAGCAAUAGUCUGGGAGUUGUUACAGGUAAACCCUGCUCUCCAGCCUCAGGGAGACACAGCUCGUCACACAAGUGGGGGAAAAGCUUGGAGAUGUCGGGUCCUUCUCACCGGCUCUUGGAUUAAACAUCACGUUUGGGAUAUAACUAAGGAAAAACCUUCUCCGGUUUCCCUUUUUCUUCCUUCCUCUCUCAGCUCCAGGAGAUCAAUGAGCGGUAUAACAAGACCCUUUGUUGGGCUUUAUUCUUUCCUGUGUUUGGAAUAAAAGAAAGGGAUUCACCCCCCGGAGCAGGUGCUGGAUCUCUGCUCUCCGCCGAUUGGAAACGUCUCUUUGCUUGCCGGGAAUUAGAAGUGGAUAUUCAUAUAUAAAACCCCAUGUGCCUUGAGCUACUGAACACUGCUUCCAUCCAUCAGGAGCGUCUCUGAGAGCGGAACGCCGGAUGAAUUGACCACCCUACACCAGGCCUGGAGAGGAGACCGCUUGUAAAUAUGGUGCCUUACUCCCCCCAGACCCAGCUCAUCGUCCUGGCAAUGCUCCUCUACUCGGCGAUCACCACUGAAGCAGACAGUGAGCCAGUCUUUAUCCGGAAGCCGGAUGACCAGAUUGGAAUAUCAGGUGGCGUCUCCUCCUUCGUCUGCCAGGCCACAGGGGAUCCAAAGCCAAGAAUCACCUGGAUGAAAAAAGGGAAAAAAGUCAGCUCACAGCGCUUCGAGGUUAUAGAGUUUGACGAUGGAUCUGGGUCUGUUCUUCGAAUACAACCCCUGCGGGUUCACAGGGAUGAAGCGAUAUACGAGUGCACAGCAACCAACAGCAUGGGAGAAAUCAACAGCAACGCCAAACUGACUGUUCUGGAAGAAGAGCAGCUGCCUCAUGGGUUCCCUAUGAUUGACAUGGGACCUCAGCUCAAGGUGGUGGAGAAGACCCGGACGGCCACCAUGCUCUGUGCCGCCAGCGGAAACCCAGAUCCAGAGAUCUCCUGGUAUAAGGACUUCCUUCCUGUGGACACAGCGACCAGUAAUGGAAGGAUUAAGCAACUCCGCUCAGGAGCUUUGCAGAUCGAAAACAGUGAAGAAUCCGACCAGGGGAAGUAUGAAUGUGUGGCCACCAACAGCGCCGGAACUCGCUACUCCGCUCCCGCUAAUCUCUACGUGCGUGUCCGGCGUGUGGCACCACGGUUUUCUAUUCCACCCAGUAGCCAUGAAGUCAUGCCAGGAGGCAGUGUCAACUUAACCUGUGUGGCAGUUGGUGCUCCCAUGCCUUAUGUAAAGUGGAUGGCUGGUCUGGAAGAACUUACCAAAGAAGAUGAAAUGCCCGUUGGACGUAAUGUUCUGGAGCUGACCAAUAUUCGAGAAUCCACCAAUUACACCUGUGUGGCUAUUUCUUCUCUGGGGAUGAUUGAGGCUGUUGCACAAAUUACUGUGAAAGCAUUGCCAAAGCCGCCAGUAGCCGUCACAGUAACGGAGACAACCGCCACUAGUGUCACCUUGACCUGGGAUUCUGGGAACCCAGAGCCUCUUUCCUAUUAUGUGAUCCAGUAUAAACCCAAAGCAUAUGAAGGGUCUUUCCAGGAAGUUGAUGGUGUCGCCACCACACGUUACAGUAUUGGUGGGCUCAGCCCUUACUCUGAGUAUGAGUUUUGUGUCAUUGCCGUUAACAACAUAGGUCGUGGACCUCCAAGUGAAGUGGUGGAAGCUCAGACAGGAGAACAGGCUCCUUCGGGUCCUCCUCUCAGAGUCCAGGCCCGCAUGCUGAGUGCUAGUACUAUGAUAGUUCAAUGGGAUCCCCCCGAAGAAGCCAAUGGACAAAUAAGAGGGUUCCGAGUGUAUUACACUUCAGACCCACAUUUACCUUUUAACAUGUGGCAAAAGCACAAUGUUGUGGACAGCCUUUUGACAACUAUUGCAGGACUAACCACCGGGAUUACUUACAGUAUCCGCGUUCUGGCAUUCACAUCGGUGGGCGAUGGGCCACCCUCAGAUAUGGUCCAAGUGAAGACACAGCAGGGUGUUCCAGCGCAGCCAAUUAAUUUCCAGGCAGAAGCUGAAUCUGACACAAGAAUUAUGCUGACCUGGCGUUAUAGUCAGCAAGAGCGCAUUGUCUCAUAUGAACUUCUGUACUGGGAAGGGCAGGAUGGGCCACAACAAAAACUCACAUUCGCCCCCUCAUCAUUUUACGCCGUUGAGGGGUUAAAGCCGGACACCCUGUAUAAAUUCCAGCUGGCGGCCAGCUCUUCUAUGGGGCUAGGGGUUUACACACCAGUGAUUGAGGCCAGGACAGCGCAGUCCACACCAUCUGCCCCGCCGCAAAAUGUGGAGUGCACCAGCCUUAGCUCCACCUCCAUCCGGGUAAGUUGGGUGGCUCCGCCAGUCUCCAGCCGCAAUGGAGCUUUAACCCGCUACUCUCUGGCCUAUCAAGCAGUUGCUGGGGAGGACACAUCCCGGCAUGUUGUGGACAGUAUCCCACCAGACAUAUCCAGCUGGGAGAUCAAGGAUCUGGAGAAAUGGACAGAGUACAGAGUUUAUGUGCGAGCUCAUACAGAUGUAGGGGCUGGGCCUGAUAGCCCCGCAGUCAUUGUGCGGACAGAUGAGGAUGUGCCAAGUGCACCACCCAGGAAAGUUGAAGUCGAUUCUGCGAAUUCUACAUCUGUGCGAGUGUCCUGGAAGUCUCCACUUCCCACUAAGCAAAAUGGUCAGAUACGGGGCUACCAGGUGACAUAUGUGCGCCUGGAAGGUGGAGAACCCCGAGGAAACCCUGUUAUUAAGGAUGUCAUGUUGGCAGAAGCUCAGUGGAGACCAGAGGAAUCUGCAGAAUACGAAGCCCUGAUAACCGGUCUGUCUCCAGAAACCACCUAUUCCAUCACCGUCGCUGCAUAUACUACCAAAGGAGAUGGUGCUAGGAGCAAACCCAAAGUCGUCACCACUACAGGAGCCUUGCCUGGGAAGCCGAGCAUAGGGAUUAGUACAACCACUCAAAAUACUGCGCUCAUCCAGUGGCAUCCGCCUAGGGAGGUGAUGGGAGAGCUGCUGGGAUACCGCCUGCAGUAUAAACGUGUGGACGAGGAGAGGUUUAUCACUAUGGACUUUGGAAAGAAUGAGCACCACUACACGCUCACCAAGCUCCACAAGGGUGCCACGUAUGUCUUCAAGUUGUCUGCCAAGAACAAGGCUGGUUUUGGAGAGGAGACUGAGAAGGAGAUCUCUACUCCUGAGGAUGCUCCUAGUGGCUUUCCACAAAACUUGCAAGUUGUUGGACUGACCACAUCCACAACAGAACUUUCUUGGGAUCCUCCAGUACUGUCAGAACGCAAUGGAAAAAUCACAAACUACACUGUGGUUUACCGUGACAUUAACAGCCCACAGGAUCUGAUGAACGUCACACGAGACACUCACAUCACACUGGUCAACCUCAAACCCGACACUACCUAUGAUAUUAAAGUCCGGGCAAGGACAAAUAAGGGGCUUGGACCUCUCAGUCCCAGCAUACAGUCCCGCACCAUGCCUGUGGACCAAGUAUUUGCUAAGAACUUCAGAGUGAAUGCUGUGAUGAAAACAUCGGUCUUGCUGAGCUGGGAAGUUCCUGACUCAUACAAAUCAGCCGUGCCUUUCAAGAUCCUAUAUAACAACCAGAACGUAGAAGUAGAUGGUCAUUCCAUGCGCAAGCUGAUCAACAACCUUCAACCAGACACAGAGUAUUCCUUUGUACUCAUGCACCGAGGCAGCAGCGCUGGUGGCCUGCAGCACCGAGUGUCCAUUCGUACAGCCCCUGAUGUGCUGCAGAGCAAGCCGUCCUCUUCAAGCAAAUACAUGGAGGAUGGAAAAUUUACUCUACUCUUGCCGAGGGUGCAAACAGCUUCGCCAGUUAGGUGGUAUUACAUUGUGGUCGUUCCGCUCGAUAGUUCAAGGAGUAGCUUGAGUACACCGCAAAGUCCUGAGGAAAUGGAGCUGGAACAGAUCCUAGAAGCCAUUAAUCAAGGCUCUCGUCGGCAAAAAAGACAAGCAAGCAGAAACCAGCCGUAUAUAGCAGCCAGGCUGAAUACGCUCCCAGAAUCGUUCACUCUUGGCGACAAUAAAGAGUAUAAUGGGUUUGUCAACAAGCCUCUGAAUGUACAUCUAAGUUACACCUGCUUUGUGCUCGCAGCUCUAGAAGAUGGUGACACGAGGAAGUAUGCUGCCAGUCCAUACUCCGAUGACAUUGUGGUAGAAGUAGUUUCAACCAGGCAGCAAGAAGAACCCGAGAUGCUCUGGGUGAUGGGUCCAGUUCUUGCCGUCAUUCUUAUUAUUAUCAUAGUUAUUGCUAUUCUUCUCUUCAAAAGGAAAAGAACCAGUUCUCCCCCUAAUAAAGAGGAUCAAACACCAGGAGUCAAAGAAUCCCUCUUGGGACAUUCAUCUGAUCCAGUGGAACUGAGGCGUCUGAACUACCAAACUCCAGGUUCCAGUGUCCCCAGUUAUCCGAAUAUCACAAGUAUGAGGGAUCAUCCACCCAUCUCUAUCAAUGAUCUUGCUGAACACAUUGACCGUCUGAAGGCCAAUGAUGGACUGAAGUUCUCCCAGGAAUAUGAGUCCAUUGACCCUGGUCAGCAGUUCACGUGGGAGAAUUCGAACCAUGAGGUGAACAAACCAAAGAAUCGUUAUGCAAAUGUUAUUGCCUAUGACCACUCCCGCGUCAUCCUUACCUCAGCGGAUGCUAUCCCCGGCAGUGACUACAUCAAUGGCAACUACAUCGAUGGAUACAGGAAACAGAAUGCUUACAUUGCCACACAAGGCCCACUUCCCGAGACGCUCAGCGACUUCUGGCGCAUGGUGUGGGAGCAGAGGACGACCACCAUUGUUAUGAUGACUCGUCUAGAAGAAAAAUCCAGGGUGAAGUGUGACCAGUACUGGCCGAGCCGUGGCACAGAGACGUAUGGAAUGAUCCAGGUCACCCUAUUAGACACUGUAGAGCUGGCCACUUACACAGUGAGGACAUUUGCACUCUAUAAGAACGGCUCCUGUGAAAAGCGAGAAAUCCGUCAGUUCCAGUUCAUGGCGUGGCCGGACCAUGGGGUCCCAGAGUACCCAACACCCAUCCUGGCCUUCUUACGAAGAGUGAAAGCUUGCAACCCCACAGAUGCCGGCCCUAUGGUAGUUCACUGCAGUGCUGGUGUGGGCAGAACGGGGUGCUUUAUAGUCAUUGAUGCCAUGUUAGAGAGAAUAAAGCUGGAGAAAACGGUGGACAUCUACGGUCACGUGACCUGCAUGCGCUCUCAGAGAAAUUACAUGGUACAGACGGAGGACCAGUACAUCUUCAUCCACGAGGCUUUACUAGAAGCAGUGAUGUGCGGUAACACGGAAGUGCUGGCACGCAGCCUGUAUGCACAUAUCCAGAAACUGUCUCAGGUCCCUCCAGGAGAGAGCGUCACCUCCAUGGAGCUAGAGUUCAAGCUUUUGGCCAACUCUAAGGCUCACACCUCCCGGUUCAUCAGUGCCAACCUACCAUGCAACAAGUUCAAGAAUCGGCUGGUUAAUAUAAUGCCAUACGAGAUAAGUCGUGUUUGUCUUCAGCCUAUACGUGGAGUGGAGGGGUCAGACUACAUUAACGCCAGCUUCAUUGAUGGCUACAGGCAACAGAAAGGGUACAUUGCUACUCAGGGACCCCUGGCAGAGACCACCGAGGAUUUCUGGCGCAUGCUGUGGGAGCAUAAUUCCACCAUUGUGGUGAUGCUGACAAAGCUGCGGGAGAUGGGCCGGGAAAAGUGUCAUCAGUACUGGCCAGCAGAACGCUCCGCACGGUACCAGUAUUUCGUGGUGGACCCUAUGGCUGAAUAUAACAUGCCUCAGUACAUCCUGCGUGAGUUCAAAGUGACAGAUGCAAGGGAUGGACAGUCUCGGACAAUCAGACAGUUCCAGUUCACAGAUUGGCCCGAGCAAGGAGUGCCAAAAACAGGAGAAGGCUUCAUCGAUUUUAUUGGACAAGUGCAUAAAACCAAGGAGCAGUUUGGACAGGACGGACCAAUAACUGUUCACUGCAGUGCUGGUGUAGGGCGGACCGGAGUCUUCAUCACACUCAGCAUUGUCCUGGAGAGGAUGAGGUAUGAAGGAGUAGUGGACAUGUUCCAGACUGUGAAGACUUUAAGAACACAGCGACCGGCCAUGGUGCAAACAGAGGACCAGUAUCAGCUGUGCUACAGAGCCGCAUUGGAGUACCUAGGCAGCUUUGACCACUAUGCAACAUAACUACCGCUUACCCACUGGCCGAGCUGGGAGAGAUGUGCGUCCAGGGACUAUGGCAUCGGACACGUCACCCUGUGCCGAGCCUUCCUUCUCCAGGCGCUGUUCCCACCUCAUCAUGAGAUAAUGCAAAGCUUUUGCAAGACUUGCUUGGGAUUUCAGCACAAUUCAUUCCUUGUUCCCUUCCAUACAGGUCUUGCUUCUUUGGUCCUAUCUGUGGCACACAGAAAAAAAGAUAAUACAAUUAACAUUUGUUUUUCUAUUAUUUUUAAUCACUUUUUUAGAGUAUUUUUCUUUUUUUUAAGUCUGGUGUUCCUGUAGGGAAGCCGUUUUCAGUUCAUUAUUAUUAUAAUUUUUUUUAUUGUUCUUUAAAAUAAUGAUAGCGUGAAGGGAAAUGAUUCCUAUAAAGAAAAUGUCAUUCCGACUGCAGGAACCUGUGUGUUGUGCGCCGAGCUCCCGCAUAAGAGGGACGGUUCCUUGAAGGCUCACAAAGCACAUUACAGCGGGAGACGAGCGUGCGCACAGAAAAGCCGACCGCACAAGGAUACAUUUAAGAAUUAGCAGAUUAUUCCAAAUGAAGAAAUCACUUCGGGUGACUGGUUUGUGGACCUGUGUACUUGAUGUCUCAUCUCAUCUGAAGCGUAAUCGCACAGGAGCCGAAGGAAAUCUACAGCGCAUAAUCACUGACUUUAGCACAAGGGUUGGACAAUGAGGGACCAAGCUGAAACAACAUUGCCCAGUUCUUCAUAUUUUUUACGUUAUAUACUCAUUUUUAUUUUUUUUGUUUCUUUUCUUUUUUGCAGCCAGUGUCCAUCUGGCUCAGCUCGCCUGGUGCGAGAGAUGGUUAGGUGUGGCGAUAGCUAGAGGUUGCUGAAUAAAACACUAUAUAUUUGCUCAGAGAUGGAGGAUGAAGACUUGAAGGAUAUAUAUUUUCUUUUACCGACUUAUAUUAUAGUUUUAGGCGACUUAGGAGUCUUUUCAGAAAGGUGCCACAUGACGAUUCCUUCUGAGAUUUUUUGUUAUAAUGUGCAGCAUAUCAGGCCUUCUACUAAACACGUCACAGGAAAAAAAGUGUACUUAAUAAAGGUACUCUGUAUUACUGCAAGUUCUACGUGAGGGCUGAUGUAAGAAAUAAAGGUGGUGGCGAACCCUUGGGAUCGUGUUCCCCGAUGUAUUGGCUGGGAAGCGAUCCGAACGCUGUGUCUCUAAUGUUGGAUAAGGAAAUCAUUUUUACCUUGUGUAUACAUUAGUGCUGUUAGGAGUUUGCUCCGUUGUAUACAGUAUGUUUUCUAUUUGUUAAUAAAAAUGAGAAAAAAAAUCUAUAUUAAAAAAACACAACCUAAAACUCAAAGUCUACUAAUAACAGCAUCUCUGCCGAAGAAAAAAAUAUCUCAAUGUUAAUAAAUUUGAAUAAUCGGGUUUCAUA